CGUGCCCGCUGACUUUCCCGAACCCCCAAAGAUGUGGAAACCGCAAAAAAAGUAGACGCUUAAACAUGAUUGCAGUGCCCCUUUAAGCUCUGGUGUCAACUGUUUGUUUCAGUGUAAAUGUUCCAAGUCUUUUAUUUUUCAGGGCCACAAAGUGAUACGCUGUGAAGGAGACCUUCGAGAUGUCGCCAGGACCAUGGUGUCUGAAGCUCCAUUCUGGUCGCCAGCAACGGCUCAUGGGCAGCGCAACGAGCCGAAAGCCCGAAGCAAGUUUGAAGAGGACCGUGGCCUCAAAGUUCACCAGUUCGGGCUUGUGGUGGCACCAGAAGACCCUUGGUUGGGAUGUUCUCCUGAUGGAAUCUUUCGGAGCGAGGACGGCAAAACCACCCUGCUUGAGAUCAAGUGCCCCUCCAGCCGAUGGAAGAAGAAGUUAACGGAAAAGCCACUUCUGUCAUACCUAGUAGAGGACAAGUGCAGCAAGGAGAUUUCUUUGCGAAAGUCACACACAUACUACACGCAAAUACAAAUCUGCUUGUAUGUUUUGCAGCUUGAAGAGUGCGAUCUAUAUUUGUACUGCUCUGUAGGCCACAAGACGCUCAACAUCAAGCGUGACGAGGAAUUCCUUUCUGAAGCAAUUCCGAAGCUACGGUCAUUUUAUUUCAAGUACUACUUAGGAGAACUCGUUGCGCUCCAUUCAAGAUGAGCUAAGAAAGAAUGUCUUUCUGCUUGAAACCAGGCACAUAACAAUUGAGCAACUUCAAUAAAUCCCGACUAUAAGGAAAA